GUUGCCGCUGCCGCCGAGCAGCGCCGCAGCGGCGGCGGGUGGCUCAGUCCUCCCGUCGAUCGGGCGCGCGCUGGCUGGCCUUUGUACGCGCGCGCGCGAGGCCUCUCACCUCCAUAUACCCAUAUACUUACGUAUUUUCGAGAAAAAAAAAUAAUAAUAAUAACAAUAAUAACAAAUAAAAAGUGGCGUGUACAGCGCGUACAGGGUAAAUCGAGUGGCCGAGUGUGAAGUGUGCCGCGGUUGUAUCGUUGUGCGAGUGUAACAGUGGGCGCAAAAUGCGUCGCAUCGGAGAACAAACGGGGACCAGGGCGCACUGACGUCUCUGCGAAAGCUCGUCGCUGCUGAGCACCUGCCGAAGAGAGAGAAAUAGAGAGACAUGACGACUAGGGAGCUUUACGUCAAGGGGGCGCGAGUAUGGGUGCCCCACGCGGAGAAGGUGUGGGAGAGCGCGAUGCUGCUGGAGGACUACAAGCCAGCCUCGAAGUCGCUGCUCUGCAAGACCGAGGACGCGAAGGAGUCGAAGAGCUUGGCGGUGGCCUCGGACGCGGAGUUGCCGCCCCUGCGGAACCCGGACAUCCUCAUCGGCGAGAACAACCUGACCUCCUUGUCCUUUCUGCACGAGCCCGCUGUGCUGUACAACCUGCAGAUUCGAUUUCAGAGGCACUGCAUCUACACCUACUGCGGCAUCGUGCUCGUCGCCUUCAACCCGUACAACGAGCUGCCGAUCUAUGGAAACGAUACCAUCUGGGCGUACCGGGGACAGGCGAUGGGAGACCUCGAGCCCCACAUCUUUGCCGUCGCCGAGGAGGCCUACACCAAGCUCGAGAGGGAGAGCCACGACCAGUCGAUAAUCGUCUCUGGCGAGUCGGGAGCCGGCAAAACCGUCUCAGCCAAGUACGCGAUGCGCUACUUCGCCACAGUCGGCGGUUCGGCCUCGAAGGAGACCCAGGUCGAGAAGAAGGUCCUGGCCUCCUCGCCGAUAAUGGAGGCGAUCGGUAACGCCAAGACGACCCGCAACGACAACAGCUCGCGCUUCGGCAAGUUCAUCGAGAUCCAGUUCAACAAGAGCUACCACAUUAUCGGCGCGAGUAUGCGCACCUACCUGCUCGAGAAGUCUCGGGUCGUCUUCCAGGCGAGCGACGAGCGCAACUACCACAUAUUCUACCAGAUGUGCGCUGCUGCUCGUCGUCUUCCCCAUCUGCAGCUCGACCGGCCGGAAACCUUCCACUACCUCAGCCAGGGCUCGAGUCCCAAGAUCGACGGCGUCGACGACCUUCAGUGCUUCGACGAGACCCUCACGGCCCUCACGACCCUCGGCUUCAGCUCGAAACAGCAGGACGACGUGCUGCGAAUCCUCGCGGCUGUGCUGCAUCUCGGCAACGUCUCGGUCGAGAGCGCCGGCGACGCCGAGGGCAGCAGCUACAUCCCACCCACCGACAGGCACCUGCUCUGCAUGACCGAGCUCCUCGGACUCGACCUCCAGGCCAUGCGCAAGUGGCUGUGUCACAGGAAGAUCGUAUCGAUGCGCGAGGUCAUCCUCAAGCCGAUGAACACCGAGGAGGCGAACGGGGCCAGGGACGCCCUGGCGAAGCACGUCUACGCCGAGCUGUUCAGCUGGAUCGUCGGGCACAUCAACGCGUCGCUGCAGUCCCCGGCGACCAAAGCCCACUGCUUCAUCGGCGUACUCGACAUCUACGGCUUCGAGACCUUCGAGAUCAACUCGUUCGAGCAGUUCUGCAUCAACUACGCCAACGAGAAGCUGCAGCAGCAGUUCAACCAGCACGUCUUCAAGCUCGAGCAGGAGGAGUACCUCAAGGAGGAGAUCGAGUGGACGUUCAUCGAUUUCUACGACAACCAGCCCUGCAUCGAUCUCAUCGAGACCAAGCUUGGAAUCCUCGAUCUGCUCGACGAGGAGUGCAGGAUGCCCAAGGGAUCCGACAGCUCCUGGGCGGAGAAGCUCUACUCCAAGUGCGCCAAGUCCAAGCACUUCGAGAAGCCGCGAUUCGGCACCUCGGCUUUUCUCAUCCACCACUUUGCCGACCUCGUCCAGUACGAGACGGUCGGCUUCCUCGAGAAGAACAGGGACACCGUCAUAGAGGAGCAGAUCGACGUCCUGCGGAACAGCCAAAACGGUCUGCUGAAGAAACUCUUCUCCGACGAAGAUCCGAAGCUGUCCGUCCCCAGUAACACCAGGGUCAAGGUAUCCGCCCACAAGCAGUCGACAGCUGCACCGGCACCCACGAAGAACAAGAAGACGGUCGGCUCGCAGUUCCGGGACUCGCUCAACAUGCUCAUGUCGACGCUCAACGCGACGACUCCGCACUACGUGCGCUGCAUCAAGCCCAACGACACCAAGGAGUCCUUCGAGUACAAUCCUGUGAGAGCGGUUCAACAGCUCCGAGCUUGUGGUGUUCUCGAGACCAUCCGCAUAUCGGCCGCAGGUUUUCCCAGUCAGAGGACCUACGCCGACUUCUUCCAGCGCUACAGGUGCCUCUGCAAAUUCAACCAGAUUCGCAGGGACGACCUGAGGGAGACGUGUCGCAGGAUCCUCGCUACCUACAUCAAGGACGAGGACAAGUUCAAAUUCGGCAAGACCAAGGUGCUCUUCCGCGCCGGACAAGUGGCCUACCUGGAGAAGCUUCGCGCUGACAAGCAGCGCGACGCCUGUCUGAUGAUCCAGAAAACGGCCCGGGGCUUCAUCGUCUCGUCGCGGUAUCGCAAAAUCCGACGAGCUGUCAUGGGUCUGCAGCGACACGCUCGCGGUUUCCUCGCGAGAAAACGAGCUCAAGCGAUUCGCGAACGGCGAGCUGCCACUAAGAUUCAGGCCUGGGCGAGAGGAUGGAUGAAGAGGAGGCAGUACCUGAAGAUCAAGAAGGCUGUGUUGGGACUGCAGACUCGAGCAAGGGGUAUGCUCGCCAGGAAAAGAUUCCAGAACAUGCAGGACAUCGCUGCGGCUACCAAGAUCCAGAGGUACGUUCGUGGAUACCUGGUGCGAAGAGCUUGCAAGCGCAAGAUCCGCAACAUCGUCAUCGUGCAGUCUUGCAUCCGCAAGUACCUGGCGAAGAAGGAGUUCAGGAGGUUGAAGGCCGAGAUGCGAAGCGUCGAGCACGUCAAGUCACUGAACAAGGGCCUCGAGAUGAAGAUCAUCAACCUCCAACACAAGAUCGACGAAUUAGCCAAAGAGAAUCAGCAUUACAAGGCGGUACAGCUGGAGCUGGGGGAGAUGAAGACGAAACUCGAGGGCUCGAAGGCUAUCGAGAUGGAGAACAAGAAACUACAUGGACUGCUCCUGGAAAAGGAGAAGGAACUCAAGGCCCUGCAGAAGGUCAUCGAGGACGAGAAGAACGAGAAGAUCAAAUUGCAACAGGCAAAGGAAAAGAAGAUGCUCGCAAAGGAGGAAGAGAACCGUCGUCUUAAAGAGGAGAACGAAAAGCUCCGCGGCGAACUGGCAAUGUCCCAGGAAAAGAUGCGAACAACGGAACGCGGUGCCGAGGAACAUCUCAAGUCACGCCUGGAGCGCGAGAAGGACUUGCUGCUAAUGGACCAAGACCAAGACCGCGGUGCCUACCAGCGUUUGCUCAAGGAGUACCACGAGCUCGAACAGCGGGCAGAGAUGCUUGAGCAAAAGCUCGCUCUUCACGCGCCGGGACACUCCAGAUCGCUCAGCAACGCCUCGAGUGGCAGCGCCGGCCAGGCACCCGACAAGGAGCUUGCGCACGACGAUCAGAAUAUCGAUUUCGGUUACGGUUCCGUGCGCUCGACAGCCUCCUCGAGUACACCGUACUCGCGUGUCGAGACGAUCGACUGGAACCAGCAGCAGCACCAGCAGCAGGAUAGUUCGUCAGACGUCACCAACGGACCGACGCAUUCACCCGUGGACGUUGGUCUCGUGCUGAAGCUACAGCAAAAGCUCAAGGAUGUCGAGCAGGAGAACGGAAGGCUCGUUCGAAUGGUCGAGGACCUUGAACGCACUGAAAGCCCGGAGGACUCGACCAGGACGCAGGAUACAUUCCGGCUGCAGGAAUUAGAAAUGGAAAAUUCGCAACUGAAGAAAGACCUGGGUACGCUGAGGAAGAGUGUGGCGUCGGCCGAUUCGACAACUGCUCCGAAGACUCUUAUCGAUCAAUUCGAAGCGCUGCAAGAAGAACUGGAGCGUCGACGAGAAGAAUGUAUUCAGCUGCACAGUGUCCUGGCGGAUCACACGCGCCGCAUGAAGGCAACGCUUGGCUCGAGUUACGGCCCCGACGUCGACCUCGUCAACGAGGACGGCGAGCUUGUGCUUGCCUUUGAAGCCCAAAAGAAGAUCAACAGUAGACUUAAGAGACUGAAAUCAAACAGGGUCUCGAAGGAGCAACUCGAGGACGAGCUUCAAGCAAAGGAAAAGGACUGGAAGGCCCAGAAGGAAGAGUGGCGAGCGGAGAUCGACAGGCUACAAGAGGAAGUCCAGCGACAACAGAAGCUGCUGUCAGUCAAUCUAAGCAAAUCGCCGCAGACCCAGACAGAAGCUUACAUGCAGCACGAGAUAACCAGACUAACGUCGGAAAACUUAGAUCUUCAAGAGAAGUACGACAAAAUGGCAGAGGAGUGUAGAAAGCUGAAGAAACAGAUCAAAGUACUUCAGAAACGUCUCAAAGAUGCAGGCUUCGAAGAAAUUAUAAAAGGACCGGAAGCUAUCCCGGAUUAUCGGCCGCGUCCGAGUAAACGCAGUGGUGUACCAGAAAGCACGGAUUCGAGCAACGACUGUGGUGUGGUGUCAACGACAACUCACUCAUCAAACGAAGGUACAAACGCCAUAAUGCCAGCUAUCCGCAAAAAGGAGCGCGACUACGAGGGCAUGUUCGAGUUCCGAAAGGAAGAGAUCAACAUCAUCAUGCGACACCUUGUUAUUGAACUGAAUCCCCGGGUGGCGAUAACACUGCUACCCGGUCUGCCGGCCUAUAUCCUGUUCAUGUGCAUCCGACAUACCGACUGCAUCAACGACGAUGACAAGGUGCGCUCGCUCUUGACGAGUUAUUUGAACACGGUCAAGCGCGUGAUCAAGCGCAAGGACGAUUUCGAGUCAAGUGUUCUGUGGCUCAGUAAUACCCUGAGGCUACUGCAUAAUAUGAAGCAGUAUUCCGGUGAUAAACCCUUCCAAUUAGAAAAUACGCCCCGACAAAACGAGCAGUGCUUGCGCAAUUUCGACCUGAGCGAGUACCGAGUCGUCCUGAGCAACGUGGCUCUCUGGAUCUUCAACAACAUCAUCACUCAGCUGAAGGAACGAGUCCAGCCCAUGACAGUACCAGCUCUCCUCGAGCACGAAGCCAUCACCGGGCUAAAUGGUCACUCGAGCCGACCGAGGUCAUGCUCCGUCGGCCAAGAGCCCGAUUUUACCCAGCAAAAGCUCAACAAUUUGCUCGAAGAGCUUACGACGGUGCACAAACAGCUGCAAUACCAUGGUGUCGACCCCGAGAUUGUCGUGCAGAUCUUUAAGCAGCUUUUCUACUUCAUGUGCGCGAGCGCACUGAACAACCUACUGCUGAGGAACGAGCUCUGCCACUGGACCAAGGGCAUGCAAAUCAGGUACAAUCUGAGCCACCUAGAACAGUGGGCGAGGGACCAGCGACUGGUAUCUGCGACCGAGGCUCUGCAGCCGAUAGUACAGGCGGCUCAGUUGCUACAGGCCCGAAAGCUAGACGAGGACGUCGACUCAGUCUGCGAGAUGUGCAACAAGCUCAGCGCAAAUCAGAUCGUCAAGAUACUGAAUCUCUACACGCCAGCCGACGAGUUCGAGACUCGAGUCCCCGUCUCCUUCAUACGAAAGGUGCAGAUCAAGCUACAGGAACGUGGCGAAAAUCACGAGCAGCUUCUCAUGGAUCUGAAGUACUCGUAUCCCAUCAGGUUCCCCUUCAACCCGUCGAACAUUCGACUAGAGGAUAUUGAAGUGCCGGAAGUACUUAACUUGCCGAUGCUCAAAAAGGUCUAAAAAGUCAACGCCUCCGUUGCUUUUUUUUCCUUUUCCCUACAGGCCAAUGCAUCUCAUAAAUAUGAUUUUUAGUUGCCAAGUGAUAUUCCGGGGAUAUUAGUGGAUAAACACAUAAGGAUGGUUGAAUUUGCGUAGCAUGUGUGUGUCACGAGCAACAGAGAAAGUGAAAUAACGAGAAUCAAACUUAACUACAGCUUAUUUCGCAAAACAGUAUUACUAAUACUGAAAAAACUCGCUACACAUGAUUUCGAGUCUGCUUCACUUCACUUUCUCCAGUCGUAAAUUUGUGUAACAGUACAUGUAUUACCGAUUCUCGUAAGAACAAGCCUCCACUGUAUUGUUAUAGCUUACAUAUUAUUAUUAUUAUCGUAGUUAGAGAAGAAAAUAAAGUAGAGCAAAAUAGAGGAAAAGUAGCUUAACCGCGCGGCUGAUCCAAAAUCACAUUUUAUAUGUUUUUUUACGUGAAAGUAAUUUGUAUUUUACGAUGCAUAAUGAGUUUCAAAGUGCAGUUGCUUAGAAAAAACGAAAAAUAGACAGAAAAUAACUUAAUGCCAUAGUUAACAUAGCGGAAGCUGCUUUUCAUCCUAGAUAGAGUACAAUUCAAAAAUUUGAACAUGAAAGAAGAUCACCCAUAUGCACAUAUGAUCAGAAAGAAUGAUAUCGUGGAUUAAUCAUGUUGAAAUUAGAUCCUAAUCUCGUAUUUCUUUUGAAAAACAGACGGAACAAUUUGUGCCCUACGAGGUCUCGCAAAUUAAAGAAACCGCGAAAGGCUACAAAAGUAAUUUUUUUUAUUGACUAUGUGGUGUCAUAGUUUUAGAGUUCAGUCAUUGGAACUCGAUAUUUAGAGCGGAAUAUUUUUCAGGAUUUCAAAAAUUCGAUUGAAGAAUUGGAUAAUAACUUUAUGUGUAAUAAAAUAACAUGUAUAAGAGCCACAUAUUAUUUUUUUAUGAUAAUUUGAACGCGAUUGUAGCAGCAGAGAAACAAAGCCUAUAGAAAAAGUCCAUAGUAAAGAUUUACGCAUAUUGCAUCUUAAAUCGAACUAUCAAGAAUGCUAAAAGAAAUUCCGAAAUUAAAUUUAAAGUUCCUCUAGCAAAUAUUGUAAACAUGUAAAAGCUGAAUAUAUCUAUAUACACUGUGAAGAGUUAUAAAAAAUAUAUUCAAGUUAUAAACCUGUUGUCGAUUAAAGAAACAUUUAUGAAGAGAAUUGUUGAAAGUCAUCGAAAGUAGCCUUAAAUUAAAAUGUUUUCUUUGAAAAAGAAACAGUUAUGUAUAGACAACUGAGUUGUUAAAAAUUGUAUAUAUAAAUUAAAUUUUUGAUUAUCUUGGAAUUGGGUAUUCACUCUGCGUUAUAAUAUAAUUGUGAUAAGUUGAUUAUAGUUUAAUUCUUAUUUAAUCAGAGUUUAAAUUAUAAAAAAAAUAUAUACUUUUAAGAAUGAUCGGGUCUGCUUGAAUCGUAAAUGAAAAUCGUCAUGAUAUACUUCUUCCAUUCGCACACAAACGAACUAACGAAUACGUUUCUUCGGUCCAAUUUAGGCCUUUACAAACCUUUAAUUAUGGAACAUAUACUUGUACAGAUGAUUUUUCACUGUAUUGUAAAGUGAAGUACCAAAAUGUAGCUUAGUGAUGAUUGUAUAAAAAAAUAUAAAGAAGAAAAUGACGAGUAUACAAAAUUAGAAGAGAAAUAAAAGAAGUAGCAAGUAUUAGAAUUAUAUACCAUUGCGUAAAAUAAAAAAAGGAGAAAACUGUUCUGUAUCUUAUUUGUUUUGUUAAUAAUGAAACACAUUAUGAUUUCGCGAUACUCCAAAAAAUCGCAGAGAAUGGGAUUGUGUCUGAAGACACGAAUGCUCCAUGUUCGAAUUAAAAAACAAUUAAUUAACAAGUCUUUUAAUGCAAAUAUGUAACAUUUACGUUUUCAAACCCUUUCGGGGUGAGAUUCUAAAGAAUGUAAUUAUGAGUGUACAUACGAAAGGAAAAAUCAGAGAAAGGAUAUAUUUGUGCUGGCAUUGAUGUAUAUUUUGUGAUACGACUGGCAUAUGUACAAGGAAGAAUCAUAAAAUUGUUAAGAGAAAGACAAGUGAAGAGCGGAAAGAUAUCUAUACAAAUAUGCAUUGUUAACAAUUUUUCGUUAAAUUGAAAGAGAAUGCAAGCGUAAAAAGUUCGCGCGUCGUAUUUUUUCAGUGCCAUUUAACAAUUCCGUAUAAAUAUUAUUGUAGAAAAAACACUUGUGUCUAUCUGACGAAAUUUUUCUUUUUUAUACGUUACCGUGUGCCGUUUAUAAUUAGUGAAACGGAUGAUCAGCGAUCGACCGAAACGAAAAUGUGCCCAUGUUAAACUGUACAGUCUCCCGAAAACAAAGAGAAUAUUGCGAUAAGAACUACGAAAAAAAUGAUGUUUUGCUCUAGCCAGAUGUAAUAUUGUUAUCAGCAAAGCUAUAUGAAUAUAUCUUUUAUUGUGACAUCUUCGAUUUCCACAAAUCGAUAUGACAAAUUGGUUUUGUUCCUAAAAAAUAUAAUGUACAUUAUACCGUUAUAUAUUGGCUCGAUUUUACGAAUACCUGUUUUUUCCUUAUUUUAUUCAAAUAAUUUUUAUUUUUUAGUAUAUAAUUCUGAGCAUAAUGCAUCUGUGCGAUCGUUCUUACUUGAUGUAUCGUUGAUCGCAAUAUUAAUUUGCCUUGGUAAGACCUCUCAUAAGAGCAAUGUAUUUCACCCUAAUUAUUUAUGUUCCAAUUUUCGCCACCUCAUUAUUGAUUUACACGUAAGUGCUUGGCGCUAGUGUUUCCUUACCAAGGCGAAUUUUUGUACUUUGUAUGGCACUGCCGUGACUGCGAGAAAGGUGGCUUCUUACGUACUAAUUGUAGCUGAGACUUCUCGAGAAGUUUAGUGAAGUUUGUAAAGUCAUACGUAAAGUUAUAUACAUUCCAAGUCAACCUGUGGAGGGACAUUUUAAAUAUAGUUCAAAUUUUUGUUUACUUCAAUUUAUCUUUAAAAGAACAUAAAAACAAUUUUAAAUCAUAAGGUGCUUUUGGUGCACAGAUAUCCUAUAUAAAAAAUUAAAAUUGAAAUUGAAAUUGAAAUUUUUAACAAAUUUUGCUUAAAUUUUCAACUUUCAGUUCAGUAAAAUAAGAUUUGUAUUCGAGUUUCGGUGGAAAUGACAACAUUUUUGUUAUUAAGUAAGUAAAAGAUGAUUCUGAAAUUUGCCACUUCCUAGGUCAACGGGUUGUACGCGUUUAUUAAAUGAUUUUUGCAAUAAAACUUAAAAGCAUUGUAAAAUUUGUAGGAUGGCAAAUUUUAACAAUGAAGUCACACCUUUCUGAGUAGGCUAUUUCUUUUUAUUAUUAUCUAAAUGCAGAUUUAUAGAAUCGUAAGUACGGAAAAGGAGCUUCAGCUUUAAAAAAAUUGUUGGAAAUGGUUGCUAAAAUGUUGUAAAAUGUUGUCUACUCUUGGAAUAGAAAAGAUUUUCCAAAGUCAA